AGUUUAAAGUUAUCAAUUGUUUGGAGCACGGUAAGUAACUCCUAAAUUCUACCAUAAAUGCGAACACGAUAGAUUCUAUUAUAUGUAUUUUGGAUUGCAUAUAGUUAACACUCUUUAUGAGAAAAAGUACUUAAAUAGGUUAUUUGAAUAUAAUUAAUAAUACAAGCAUUGGAAGAUAGUUUUUAUUUAAAGUUUUUAACCAACAACACAAAUGGUUAAAGAAGUAAUCAACAUGUCAAAUCAAAACAACAAAAAAAUUGCAAACUGCUUUUGUUGUUUUUCUUGGUUCACUUGUCCAUUGUUGUCAUUUUGACAAUGACAAGUUGCGCUAAAAAGAACGUUCAGGAAUUAAAAUUAAACUCAGGUAUUUAUGAUAAUAUAAAAGAUAUCAAAGCAUUGUGCAAUUGUGUAUUAAGCUGAGGUGUCAAAUUUUAAUUAAGACCUUUUUUGGCAGACUUAAUAAAUUAUAUAUUUUUUUUAUCAUUUGCAAUUGGACGUUACGUUAUUAGACUGUAUCGAGUGUCUGUCUAUUGUUUUUGAUGCUGUCAAAAUGUCACUUUGACAUUUGACAUGUUGCAAUUUUGGGAUCAAAACCAAAUGCAAUCCAAGUUUUGUUUAUUAUUUUAAUUUAACCACAAAGCAUUUACUUAUUAAUUGAAACUUACUAAAUAUUUCUACUUACAUAGUGUAUUUAUUGAUUUAGUUUUUCCACCGUAGGAUCUAAUAUAAAAAUUCUGCGUUAGGUUGUCUGCCCAAUAUUAUGAUCAUGUAUUUUUGUUUUGAAAAAGAUUUUUGUCGUUUGAUUCUCACAUUUGUAUGUCAAGUCUUCUUUUUAGCUAGAGUUCCAGAGUUAACAAAUCAAUGGGUUGGAUUAAAAAGUUGAUACUUAAACGAAAUAAUAUCCACAUUUCGAAAGUACUAGGUAUUACAAUGACUAAAAGUGUCAACAUAGAGAGCAUUUUUUUCAUUUUGUGGUUUUGAAAUAUGUUAAUUCAAGGAAAAGAACAAUCUAAUAAUGGUCUACCAGAAUGGGUACUGAUAUACUUUUUGAAAGUCAGUAACAAUGAAUAUAGAUGUAAUAUAUGUGAAGAUGCCAUUAAAACAGAUGUCAACGCUACCGAACAUCUGCAGCACAUUAAAAAUGUACAUAAAGAGAUAUAUGAUCUCCAUAAAGACUGGCGGAAGGAAGACCAGGAUGCGGCAGUGGGAUUUCAAAUAGAAUUCUUAGAUUUGAAUGAAAAGGAUAACCCAAAGCAGCCUGUGAUGGUGGAACAGUUUUGUGAGGUUUCGAGCGAUAUUAUCAAAGUUGAACAGAAAACAAACGCAGAUUAUAACAUAAUGCUGGUGCCUUCCAAGAAAAAGAACAAAAUAAGCUGUGAAUUUAGUAGAAAAAGAAGUUGGGUGUGGAAGUAUUUUGACAAAUUAACCAAUAUUAUUUACCGAUGCAACCUUUGCAAUGUUGUAUUGUCUAUAAAGGGGUGCAAUACCAAUAACAUGAACCGUCAUGUCCGUACGAGGCACCCAAGCAUAUACAAAGCAGAAAUUGAAACUAAACAUGAUGAUAGUAUAAAAUCUGACAUUGAAAUCAUGGACCCAAAGGAUAUGGAUUGGACAAUGAAAAAGGAUGACAAUGAGGAUAACACCAUAAGGGAUGAUACACUAAGUCUAAUGAAACAGCAGCGCCGCAGCUGGAUCUGGUCGUACUUCAAGCACGUGUCGGGCACGCUGGCACAGUGCCGGCUGUGCCGUCGCAACAUCUGCCACGGCGGCAACGCCACCGGCAACAUGAACCGACACCUCAAGAUGGUGCACAACAAAACUUCUGUCGCCGAUGAUCACAAAUGGAUAUGGAAGGUGUUCGAGCGGGAGUCGGACCAAAUCGCCUGCAAGAUAUGCACGUUCAAGUGCAUCAAAUUCGACGACAUUGAAAACAGCGUCAAAUGCAUACUGCACCACCUCAAGACGGAGCACGGCGUCGUCUCCAGCGACCAAAUCAUUACUGAAACAGAAUACGAGAUAGAAAACAUUGCAUGAAGUUAGCGCUGAUUCACAUGGCAUUGUCCUAAUCCGUUUUUCUAACGUACGCAAAUAAAUAGUGUCAUAUACGAUGUACAUAGAAUCGUUUACAAUACGGAAAAUCGCCAAUUUUAUACAGUUGUACGUUGAUAAAACAUGCCAGACAUUGCCUUGUGAACGUAGUGUAGGUUUUACUUCAAUGAAUGCUAUAGUUUAUAACGCACUAGCGGCAAACCGCAAGGGUUGACUAACCGCGCGGCUAGCCGCAUUUUAAUAUGAAAUUUUGAGUCCAUUCAGUCGCAAAUGAUUCCAUAUUGAACUAGAAAAGUGACUAGCCGUGCGAUUAACCUCUAGUGCGAUAUAGCCCUAGGGCUUCGGUCAAAUCACGGCAUCCAGCUUGCAUCCGCGGUGGCGAGCACAGUGGCAAUCAGGAUGGGAAGCAUAUAUAUUAUAAUCAGUAUAUAUUACAAUCAGUGCUUCCCACUGUAUUGGGAGCACCCCAAGUAGGUACUUGGACGUACUUGGGGUGCUCAUAAUCCUGAUUUUUAUUUUUAAAUUAAAUUAGGCAUUAAAGGAGCAGGGUGGUGGGUCUAAGCUCCAAACAAUGAUAAAUUGUUUGCAACUUUUUUUUUUUUAAAUUUAGACAUCGAAAAAUGACUCACUUGACUACAAUGAAACAUUUGUCAAUAUAAAUGUUAUUUGAUGUUAAGUCAUCACAUGCAAUGUUCUAGAUAUUAUCUUUCGUGUGGCGUUGUUAAAUAACAAAUGGAUCAGUACGUAUGUUUCUUAACAGGAGGUAAUCUAAUCUUUAAACGAAGUAAUAUAAGAUCCAUAUACGUUUGACGCGAGGAAAUGUUGUAGAUGACCUGUGUACCUAGUGGGAGUUUUGAAUAUUUUCAUACUGUUACUAUCGCGUUGACGUAAACGCGAAUUUAUAUGGAAUUGAAACGGUUGUGCAGUAGUGCCACGAGAUGGCGCUGUUUCAAUUCCUUAGAAAUUCGCGUUUACGUUAACGCGAUAGUAACAGUAUCAAACUGCCACUAGGCCCUCAGUACCAAGUAAUUGGUGAAACUAUCACGAAGUUUUUGAGUAACCAAUUCGAUGUAAGUAAACAUAGUGAAAAUUGUUUGUAAAUACAGGUGUUUAUUUGUACAUAAGUACAUCAAAAUUCGCACCAAUAUUUUCUUGAUUAAAAUAUAUAAGCUAUUAAGUUUGGAGUUAUGUGGUGGAUAUGCGUGGAUGGGUAUUACUUAUUAGUACAGUUAUUUGGUGCAAAAAAAUUACCUUUUGAAAGUUUUCCGAAAGUUUUGAAAAUUGUUAAUGUUAUAGAUUUCAUUAUGCUCUUUGCGAAUUCCAACUUUGCCACCUCGUAUCUUUGACGCUCGCGCCGCUAUAUUGGAAAAAUGGCAACUAAAACGGUUUUUUGACAAUAUCUCCUUUCCGACUCAUUUAACGAUCAAAAUAGUGGUAUAAUAAAUUAAACUAGAGAAAAUUUCCUAUAAUUAAUGUAAUAACCUUUUUUUUUUGUCAAAACAAGCGGCAAAGAUAAAAAAUUAGGUGGUAAAGUUGAAAUUCGCAAAUCACAUCUAAAUCAAAAAUUAGCACAUGAGAUGAAACCUAUGAGAUUACCAAUUUUCAAAACUCCCGGAAAACAUUCCAGGUAAAAUUACCAAAUUUGAUUGGAUUAUCAGUGGAAUUCGUAGUCGUUGUAGAGGCACCCCCAAGGGUUCAUUCAGCCGCUGAGAGUCAAAUUUAACCUCUAUUUGUUUGAGAAUUUGACACUCAGCGGGUGAAUAAUCCACUGGAGGUGCCCCUACAACGUCUAUGAAUUCCUCUGUAUAUGUGCAUGGACGUAUUUUCUUUUUUUUCUUAUUUACCAGUUUUAUGUCUACCUAAAUAAUGUGGUAUCAAUUGGUUAGUUAAAUGUAAAUGUUAGAUUUAAUUAUUAUUAUUUUAUUUUUCAAUAUUGAUUUAAGAUGUGUAAAUUGUAUAGUUUUUGUGCAAUAAAAGGUAUUAGUUGUAAUCAAUUUCUCAAUUAUCUUAUAAUGUGCGUGCACGCGAGCUACGUUUUAUUUAUCUCCUUAGGCUGCGACCAGAGUAACGAUUCACCGCGUAUUUGGAUUCUGCGACGGACGAAACACAUAAUCGACAAGUUUCAAUUUAUCCUGAGUGCGAGCGGGUAUAGAGUCGACAAGCAUUGUACGAUGAUCUUGUGAUAGAGGAAACACCUUGAACUUGGACUUGUGACCUCAGGUGUAGGUUUAAAGCUUUCAGAAUGCAUUACCGCUCACUUUUACUGUUCGAAAUGUUCUUCAUGCCCGUACUAAAUAAUCCUACUAAUAUUAUAAACGCGAAAGUUUGUAUGGAUGUAUGUUUGUUUGGAGGCUUGUCACUCUUUAACGCCGCUACUACUAAAACGAUUUGGCUGAAAUUUGGAAUGGAUAUUACUCUGGAUUAACUUUUCUACUUUUCCAUCCAUCCAUGGUUCCCGCGGGAUUUGUGAAAAACUGACGAAGUCGCGGUCGUCCGCUAGUUUAUGAAUAAGUAUGGGUAACAUUACCAAACAUCAUUGCACAAAAUCACUGACAAGUCAAAACAGCACGACGGUGUGAAUGCUGUUCAAAGAACUAAACCCAAGUCACCAAUCACUUUUUGACGUUAAUUACAAUAGUAGUUUGUACGCCGCGAUUCCACAAACGCGAUGAGUUGACAUUCAGGACGCAGCCUUACGAUAGCUAUCAAGAUUGAUAUCACAAAUCACGUCAGAUUUAUUGGUGUAAUUGUUAGGUAUACUCAUAGAUAUUUUAUUUGCGAAAUAACGUUUGGCUUUGGUUGUAUAAUGUGGCGCAGGUGCGUUUGUGUGAGAAUCUGAAGGAGCGUCAGAAAAACAGAAAUAUGUUUAGAAAUUAUCAACUGUCUGUGAGUGGUUGCUAGGCAAUAUUGUUUGUAAAAGCGACUCAAAUAAAAACAACGCUGUUGUGCUGGCGUUAGUUUUGUUUACACACACAAAGGCAUUUAUGCUUUCUACUUCUGCGUACAAAGCCAAACCGACUUCCAGCUGGCCUAUUCACUAACUUUGAGUUACUUUAGUACCUACACGAUCACAUUGUACGAUCACUGCAAAGAAUAAAAAUGUUUUUUUUUUUGUGUCGAGUCGAGCCGUCAUGCACACUGCGACCAACACACGAUCAGUUCAAGCCGUUAGCGCUGCAAGAUCGUGAGAAUAAUUGAUGGUCAAUGGCUGACAUUAGUGAUUCUCAAUUCACGUGAUUUCGUAUUCACUAUUAUUUUAUUUCUAACUGAUCAAAAUUACUUACCAGUGUGUUUCAUAUUGUGAUUUUCGUAAUCAAUGGGCUUUACAGAAUACUUACAAUGUGGUUGUUAUUGAUUGACGUUAAUUAGUUAGGUGGCUAAUAGACCAACGUUAGUGAAUAGGCCGAGACACUAUAUGUAUACUACAGCCUUUCUUGAUGAGUACUGUUUACCAACAAAUAAAUUAGAAAUGAAGGUAGAAAACGCAUGUCAUUUCAUAACUUAUUUAUUUUAAAUUAAUUAUAGUUUGUUUAUAAAAUGUUAUAUAAAAUAUAUUAACCGUAUUUUAUUGUUCUAAGCUUAUUAAUCAUUAAAAAAUUUUCAUUAAUUUAAGAACAAGUUAAUUAUAAUGUUUAUUAGGUGUGAAAUGACUAGUGAUUUAUACCCUCAGUUUUAAUUUGUUUGUUGAUAAACAGUACUCAUCAAGAAAGGCUAUGGUAUAGAUACUACAUCCAGCUACAAUUUGAAUACGAUUUGAAUGUUGUUAAAUCAGGGCUUUGUCAAGUCGCUCGUGUGCCUAUGCCCUUAUUUAAUGUUUAAUUUUAAUUACUUGUUUUGUGUUAUGUAUAUAUAAUACUAUAAUAAGAGGGAAUGUAUGUAGAUAACUUGAGUUAAAUAAAUUCUUGUUUAAAG